UCUAUAUCCAACAAAAUUCAUAACAAACAAACAAACCCUAACAAUCCUGCAAUGUUUCAUUAAUCAUCAAUGGCUUAUUAACAAACAGGCUUCAACAAUGACCAACACCUGUGUCACAAGUCUCCGCGGUAUAAUAUGCUAUAAACCACCGCCAAUUCACUUCCCCAAAGGAAAUAACUUUCAAGCUUGCGUUUUUAAAAGACUGCACAAUGCUCCAUUGACCGCAUUAGUUUACCCCUCUCAACCAUUGACUUGGACUUUAAAUAAUCAGCUUUCUCAGUCAGAUUCCCCCGCCCAACGUUCAGAGGAAUGGUUCGCCCUUCGAAGGGACAAAUUGACUACUAGCGCCUUUAGUACCGCUCUUGGUUUUUGGAAGGGCAGGCGUAGGUAUGAACUUUGGCACGAGAAAGUUUUUAUUUCCGAUACAGAAUCUAUGCUCACGCCCGCCUCAAUUCAGGCCAUGGAGUGGGGUGUAGUUAAUGAAGCAAAAGCCAUUGAGAAAUAUAAAAGCAUCACAGGUCGUGAAGUAAGUUCAUUAGCGUUUGCCACACAUUCGGAAAAUAAGUUUGAUUGGAUUGGUGCAUCUCCAGACGGGCUUCUUGGGUGUUCCCCCAAUUUAGGGAUACUUGAAGUAAAGUGUCCAUUUAACAAAGGGAAACCCGGCGUAGCUUUACCUUGGACCAAUAUGCCUUACUAUUAUAUGCCUCAGGUUCAGGGUCAAAUGGAAGUUAUGGACAGAGAAUGGGUUGAUUUGUAUUGCUGGACACUAAAUGGGAGUACCAUAUUUCGUGUAUGUAGAAAUCGAGAAUAUUGGAUGUUGAUUCAUGGUAUUUUACGGGAGUUUUGGUGGGAAAAUGUGGUACCCGCUAAAGAAGCUUUGGCGAUGGGAAGUGAGGAAGAAGCCAAGAAAUAUGAACCAAUAUCAACACAUAAGCUAACGGGAUUGGUGAUCCAAAAGAGCAAAGAGUUGGCCAGCGGCUCAAAGCUUCUAUGUCGAGAAAUUGCAGGGCAUAUUGAAUUCUUUAGGUAAAAAGAAAGAAAAAGAGACCGAAAGAUGGAUGUUUUUGGCUCAAAGGGAACCUCAUGGGCUGAUCAGUGGGACCCGGUGCAGGAUUCCCCGCCUAAUGGGAAGGACAAGAAGGUUAAAGGUGGAUCCAUGAAGGGCAAAGGUGCAUUGAAGUCGAUUUUCAUGCUUGCGUGGAUGAAGAAUCUUGGCAAGAAGUCUGACAACUAAUCAUAAAAGCAUUAAUAAUUUUGUAAAGUAUAUUUUCGUGAUUCUUUCAUUUGUGUAACUUUCCGGAAGAUCUAAAAUGACUUCCGACAAAAGUUAGUUCAUCGUUUGUCCCUAGAUACGUUACAUCUUCUGGUGAUCUUCAUAUCCAUGUAAACCAUGAAUGUGAAGGAUGAUUUAUCUCGUGGAAAACUGGAUCAUCAAACAAAUCCGCGGCCAUAUGAGAUGGCAAAAUGAAUGGGUUGGUCUAGUGAUUAAAACAAGUCAAGAUCAAAGAACCUAUAUUAGGGUACAUGGAAGCACAAGUCUUGUCGGGUUGGCUCAAAACAUUUUUGCUUAUCAAUGAUUAUUUUUUUGGAUAUUAAGUUACACUUCAUAUUAUACAAAUUUUGUCAUA